UUCUAUUUUCACAAUGUUUGACAAGAAAGGAAAUCGCUUGAUAUACCGCUACGAUGCAGAACAGCUCUGGAUUGAACCAUGGGGAGCGAACGCAUUCCGGGUCCGAGCGACGAGGACGAACACCAUGCCGACAGACGACUGGGCUCUCCAACCACCAGCAUCAUCAAAGGCCAACAUCUCAUUAUCUGAAAACGAAUCGACGAUCUCAAACGGCAAAAUCCUUGCCACGGUCUCCAAGCGCGGUAAACUCACAAUCCACAACUCGCGCGGCUCGCUCCUCCUCGAAGAAUACGCUCGUCAUCGCCGCGACCUCGCGGAUCCGAAAUGCAGCGCCCUCGAGAUCGAAGCGAGGGAGUUUAAGCCGAUUCCCGGGGGUGAUUAUCAUCUGACGUAUCGAGUGGAAAGUGUAAGUAAGGAGGAGAAGAUUUAUGGGAUGGGGCAAUAUCAACAAGAUGUCUUGGAUCUGAAGGGAUGCGAUCUGGAACUUGCGCAGCGGAACUCGCAAGCGAGCGUCCCGUUCAUGUUGUCGAGUCUCGGGUAUGGGCUCUUGUGGAAUAAUCCGGGGGUUGGCAGGGGGAUGUUGGGGAAGAAUGUUAUGAGUUUUGAGGCGUAUUCUACGCGGGUGCUUGAUUAUUGGAUUGUUGCAGGCGACGCUCCCGCUGAGAUCGAAGAAGCGUAUGCGCGAGCUACAGGCACGGUACCCAUGAUGCCCGAGUACGGGCUUGGCUUCUGGCAGUGCAAGCUCCGGUAUCAAACGCAGGAAGAACUCUUAAGCGUUGCUCGCGAGUACAAAGCGCGAAAGCUGCCUAUCGAUCUCAUUGUCAUCGAUUUCUUCCAUUGGCCCAAGCAGGGAGAUUGGAAGUUCGAUGCAACGUAUUGGCCUGAUCCAGACGCAAUGAUCAAAGAGCUCAAAGAGAUGAACAUCGAAUUGAUGGUCUCGAUAUGGCCAACCGUCGAUACCAAAUCCGAGAAUUACAGCGAGAUGCUGGAGAAGGGAUAUCUGAUUCGAACCGACCGCGGGAUCAGAAUCGGCAUGGAUUUCCAGGGAAACACCAUCCACUACGACGCCACCAACCCCGAAGCACGGAAGUAUCUUUGGGAGAAAGCCCAACAGAAUUACUACGAGAAAGGCAUCAAGGUCUUCUGGCUCGAUGAAGCGGAGCCGGAAUACACGGCGUAUGAUUUCGACAAUUAUCGAUACCAUCUUGGUUCCAACCUGGCCAUUGGGAAUAUAUAUCCUCGCGAAUAUGCGCGAACGUUUUACGAGGGCAUGGAGGGCACUGGACAGAAGAGCAUCGUGAAUCUUCUCCGCUGUGCGUGGGCCGGGAGCCAGAAAUAUGGAGCCCUGGUCUGGAGCGGAGAUAUCGCUUCUUCCUGGUCGAGUCUGAGGAAUCAGUUAGCAGCGGGGUUGAAUAUGGGGAUUGCGGGCAUUCCAUGGUGGACGACUGAUAUUGGUGGGUUCCAUGGAGGAGAUCCGAGUGAUGAGGCGUUCAGAGAGUUGUUUGUGAGGUGGUUCCAGUGGGGUGCGUUCUGUCCUGUGAUGAGGCUGCAUGGGGAUCGCGAGCCGAAGCAGAAGCAGGUUGGAACGACCGGGGGCGCGACGUGCCUUUCGGGGGCGCCGAAUGAGGUUUGGAGUUAUGGGGAGGAGGUUUAUGGGAUCUGCAAGAAAUAUAUGGGGAUCCGAGAGGAGCUGAGGGAGUAUAUUAGAGGCUUGAUGAGGGAGGCGCAUGAGAAGGGGACUCCGGUUAUGAGGCCUUUGUUUUAUGUGUUUCCUGAGGAUGCGAAAUGUUGGGAAGUUGAGGACCAGUACAUGUUUGGGGAUAAGUAUCUUUGUUGUCCGGUGUUGGCGGCGGGGCUGAGGAAGAUGAAGGUGUAUCUGCCGGCAGGAGUGAGUUGGAGAUCGUUUGAUGGAGAGGAGACUUACCAGGGAGGAAGCGUCAUUGAGGUUGAAUGCCCUCUUGAUACAAUGCCCGUGUUGAUAAGAGCUUGACCGCGAAGAAAAGGAAGAGGUGACGCAAAGGUGAGGACAAGGUUCGUGUUUAGCGAGAGGAAGCAAAGAUAGGGAGGAAGAGAGGUU